GAUUUUUUUAAAUAAAACGUUUUUUGGAUUGUCGUUUCAUAUUGUAGUUUUAUUUUAAAUAAUUUUAAGUUUUUUCUCUCUCCGGUCUCUUUUGUCGCUUAUGUUGGCCAAACUGCUCGCCAUGAAAUCGGGAAGGCGGAGCUUCGGCCAGCUCCUUUCUCUUGCGAUCUCUCUUCUCACGGACGUUCUCCCGUCUCUUUGGUUUUUUAAUUUUAAAAUCCGGAACGUUUCUCUCUACCACACGACAUGAGGAUCUACAAGGAUAUUUUCACCGGUGAUGAGAUGUUCUCCGACACCUACAAAAUGAAACUUGUUGAUGAUGUCAUGUACGAAGUUUAUGGAAAAUUAGUAACCAGAAAGCAGGGAGAUGUAAGCAUCGACGGUUUCAACCCUUCUGCAGAAGAAGCCGACGAGGGCACGGACGAGGCAGUGGAAUCUGGAGUCGAUGUCGUACUCAACCACAGGCUAUGUGAGACUUAUGCAUUCAACGACAAGAAAUCGUACACCGCCUACCUCAAGGACUACAUGAAGAAAUUAGUCGCCAACCUCGAGGAGAACAACCCCGACCAGGUUGACACUUUCAAAACGAAUAUGAACAAAGUCAUGAAGGAACUCCUCGGAAGGUUCAAGGACCUUCAGUUCUUUACAGGAGAAUCUAUGGAGGUCGAGGGAAUGAUUGCUCUUUUGGAAUACAGAGAUAUCAACAACGAGAGCGUCCCUGUCCUCAUGUUCUUCAAACAUGGACUAUUGGAAGAAAAGUUUUAAAUUUCUCUUAAAUAAAUAAGAAAAGCAAAAACAACCAAUAACAACCAAUAACACUAUGGAGAUUGUGGGUAUCGACAACAUCACGACGGGAGUUGAAUUCUUCCCCCACUGCGGAAACUUAAAAUAUCCUAUGCAAUUUUGAAAUAAAACACAAACUCCAUAUUUGAAAUUAUUUAUUACUGAUACUUCCAAAAUUAAAAAAAAGUUUUUUAAGCUUAUUUAAAAAAAUAUAUAUAUAUUUUAUCAUUGUAAUGCAAUUGUUCAAAUCAGGUAUGCUGGGAUUUUUCAGUAGUCCUUGUCAUUCAUAAAGGGAAAAACCGAUGCCAACACCAUUGGGAAGAAGACAAAAAUUAAAUAAAUUAUUGAGAAAUUUAUUACAAAGAUAACAAACUAGUGCUUUUCUCACCUUGGUCCUCCUGUUUUUUUUUUAUUUCCUUGUUAUUUAUUUACAACAAAUUAUUAUUAAUUUGGAUCUUAAUAUUAACAGAUAUAUCGCAACAGAGAUAAAUAUAUUUGUCAAUAUAUUUUUUUGGUAUAAU